AUGGAGGAAAGGAACGUGCUUGAGUACGCAGAAGUAAUAAUCGACCGGCAGAGAGACAAGAUCAAUGAAUUGGAGAAGAAGCUCAUCGAGCUGCGAAGCAACAGCGAAGAGCUGCAAAAAAAUGCCUUGAAAAACGACGAAGAAAAUAAAACCCUAAGACUGGAACUAAACAGAAAAAGAGAAAAUGACAUGAUGUUGAGCAUGCAACUAAGCAAAGAAAAUGAAUUUCUUCAAAAAAUCAACGUACUGGAAAAGCAACUACUCAAAAGAGACACCCUCCUGGAGGAAUUAAACAACCUUUUGAAAAAAAGAAAAUAUGAAUACGAAUUGUUGUUACAGGAAAAAGAAAACCUAACAAAUACACUUAACAUGAUGAGAAGUGAUAUGUGUAAGAAUAGAAAGAAAGAAAAACUAAAAGAAGAUGAAUUUUUAAAUAAUGAAAAAGAAAGUGAAAAUUUUUUAAAUCUGUAUAAAAAUAAUAAUGAAGAAUUGCACAUCACCAAGAGAUGCUUAAUACAAAUUGAGACCGAACUACAUUUGUAUAAAAAACAAAACGAAAAACAGAAAAAUGAAAUUCAGAGGCUGUACAAAAUAAUUAGCUGUAUGAACAAAGAAAAGGCUCUUACCCCCCCGGUCGUAUUAGCCUUACAAAAUGAUUAUGUCAGAGGUAACAAUUGUAAGGCGCUAAAUGAAUAUAUGCAAGUGAAGACUAUUCAAGAUUCCCCCCCGGGUCUUUCAACACAAAUGGAGAAUAAGGUAACCAUACUGAAGCACAUGAGUCCUGAAAGGAAACAGCAGCAGAGGAUAACCUAUGAUGAAAAUUUGCUAAAAUUAAAUUUAAUGCAGUCACAGGAACAGAAAAAUCUAUUUAACAAAAUAUUAGAAACGUUAAACAAAAUUCAGCAUGUGAAAUCUGACGAUAAUAAAAAUGAUUUUUUCUUUUCUGCGAACGUUUUGCACUUUUUUGAAAGCAACAAGGAAGCGAAAUUGUCGUGCAUUAAUAAUGAAUCCGCGAACAAUUUAUUCAGCUUAACCACCGAGUCGGUGGAAGACUCCAGCAAUUUAUCGGACGUCAGUUCUGAUAACCCACUAGAAAAAAAAACGAACUUAAGGAAGAAAAAAAAGGUUAACAAAAGGAAGAAUAAACAAAAGAAAAAAAAGACGAAGAAGAAGAAGAAAAAUGAUAUGAUUCUUCACGCUCCUAUUUCAAUCAAGAAAAGUAAAAAGGACAAGAAAAAAAAGGAAAGGCGGGGAGUUGGUCCAAAUCAUACAUUAGUCACGUCGGAAGACAGCUCCAGCGAAGACGACGACAGCGAUGUGCAGCAGGGCCUUGGGGACAAGACGACCACCAUCAGUGAUGACACGAGUCAGGACACAAGUGAAGAAACCACCAGUGAGGAAAACACACACAGUGAUAGUGAUGGUGUUGCUGAAAGCGGCAGUAGCACAAGCAGUGAUGGUAAAAGUAGCCAUAGCAAAAGCGACGAUAACACGAGCAGCGAUUCACAGAGUGAUUCGCAUCCCCCUUCUGUCAAACGGGGGCAUCAGAAAAGAGGCACCAGCGACGAGUCAGCAAGUGACACAGAUGGAGACAGCAUCAACCAUAUAAAGAACAAAGUGAGUUACAAAGGAAAUGAGAAGACACUGUUAAAUUAUGAGAAUUAUAAAGAAAAAUUCAUAGGAAUUACAAAUAAAGAAAUAUUUAUAUAUAGCAAAAAAGGGGAUGAAGAACCAGUGUACGUUCUAAAAAAUAAAAAUGUUAAAAAUGUGAAGGCGCUUCAUAAUAAGCAGGUGUAUAUGUUGGAGUAUAUCUCAUUAGACAACAUUCUACAGAAGCAUUAUUUUUUAAUAAAAGAUGACGAUAAGUCACUGAGAAUGUACUACGCUUUGCAGUACGCAGGGAUUAUCCAACAUGACAUGGACAUAUUUGAAGGGGAGGAAGAAAAGAAAAGAGAUUACGUGGGAAAAUUAAACAAAAAUUAUUAUGAGAACAGAGCAAAAAGUGUAAGUGAUCCACAGGAAAAGUAUUCAUAUUACAACAAACUAAGUUCGUCCUACCCAGAAAUUACUGUAAAUAUAUUUACUCCCAAUGGGAUAGACAGGAAUGGGAACAACAUACCUUACUUAUGCAAUAAUGUACUAAUGAAGAGAAGCCCCCAAAAUAAUCAUCUAAUGCUUAAAAAUUUUAACAAUAAAGAGGCUUUUAUUAACUGCCAACAUUAUCACAUGGAUUAUAAAAAUAAUAAGUUCACCCUCUAUUUUAAUGAGUUUAAAGAUCAGCAUAUUAUUUUGCCAAAGAGUAAAGGGUGCAUAGGUAUCCUGCAGGACAUUUUAAAUCAAAUGAGGUGGAAAAAUUCGAAUCAGCUUUACGAAUCUGUCAACAAAGAUGCACACGAUGAUGAAGAUAUAAAGAGUGCUGACGUGUCUUCUUACGACUCGGAAGGGUUAACCGCAGGAAAGGGGAAAUAUGAUUCUAGGGAGAAAAUGGGCGAAGGGGGGGCCAACAAAGGUGGAACAUCGGAUAGGGACAAGGAUGGAGGCAAAGAUGGAGGAAGAGACACCUUUAAAGCAGUGGAAAAAUCACAUAGUAAAGAAAUAAGCGCGAAAAGGGGAAACGAAGGCAACACAAAAAUGGGAAUCCCGACAAAGGGCUUAAUGGAUCAGGGAGUCGGAAGAGACAGCUACAAAGCGAAGGAACGAGAGUGGGAACAGGAGUGGGAAAGACAGAAAGAACGAGACGAGGAGAAAGACGCGGGGGAUAAAAAGGAUGACAUCCUGGAAAAUUCGAACAUGCCGGAAAAAAUGGCAGACACGUUCUGUAUAAAAGAAAAUGUACUUUACAUAUCCAAAGAUGGCAACCCUUUUAAGGACCAAAUGAGCUUCAACGAUGAAAACGCUUUUAAAUUCCAAAAAGAAAAAUUGCAGAUAUUGAGAGAUGAUAACGCGCAAGAAUUAACAUUUAUAAAGAACGAAGAAAAUAAAGAUGAAGAGACCUACAUUUUUCACUACCCCAAGAAGGAGAAGUAUGAUCAUUUUAUAUCCAAAUUGGGUAACAACAAUUUUAACGUUAUUCAGAAAAGUGAAUAUGAUAAAAUGAAAAAACAAGAAAAAAACGAAGAAAAGGAAAAAAAAUCAUUUAAUGCAGAGUCAGACGCAAAGGCUGAACCGGGAAAGGAAAAAAUGGAGAAAGCGGAUAAAUUUAUUAAAAACAACCAAGUAGUUGUCAUCGAAAAGGGAGUAUUAUCAAUUUAUAAAGAUUACGGAAACGAGAAUUCUGUUCCCAUAAUCAAAUUUACAUCCGAUUCUUGUGAUGUACAAGCAAAUGAACAAAAUGGAGAAAUUAGCAUAAAAGAAACGUCGAAAGAUUCUAAUGAUAAAAUUGUUCUGGACUGCUUAAAUAAAACAGAAUUCCAUAGGUGGAAAAACGCGCUAUGUUUCGGUGGCUUUCUAAAAGGAGAAAGUGUCAGCAGUUCUUACAUGAAUUUGAAAAAACACAUAUUCUCCAUCAAUUUAUUUGACAACUUGGACAUAAAAAGUCUAGUCCGAGUAAAUAACAAUUUUAUAUACAUUUAUCCAAAUAACGAAAUCGACAAGCCCUUAUUUUCCUUUGACAAAGAAAAAAUAGAAUUGGUGAUAAUUUCCAACUUAAGGAAAAUACGAAUAUAUAUGCAAAGGGAUACCAUAUAUGAACAGCGAUACGAUAUAACCAUUUCGUUGGCGCGCGAUUUCUCGAGCAUUAAAGAGCAACUAGAAAAGUACAAUUUUCACACAUUAAAUAAGAAAAAAACCCAAAAAAUAAGAAAACCCUUUGUGCUGUGCAAAAAGAAUAUUAUUGCUAUACAUAAGGAUAAAUAUAAAUUAAAACCGGACAUUAUACUGGACAAAAAAAACUGCACAGUUUUAUAUGAUAAAAACAAAUUCACCGUCACCUUUAAAAUUAAAAGUAAAUUAGAUACCACUCAGGAAGAUAUAAAAACUGUUACUCUAUCUAAUGCAGUGAAUUUUAACAAAUGGUUGGUCACACUAAAAGUGGCUUCCUUCAUACCUGGCUUUAACGAAGUAGAAGAUGACAUUUCUUUUCCCACCAUCGUUUUUGGGCAUACCUGUCCCGAGGCAACUAGCUUACUUGGGAAAAGAAAUUCGAUCAUGAAUUUUUUUAAAAAAUAA